GGAUGGACUCGCCCGAGCAUGCGAUGACGUCGACGGAAGCAUGGCCGCGAGUUCGACGUGGCUGGCUGCGUACUGCAUGGAGACCGCGCAGGAGCUACGUCGAGCGCCGAUGAAGCGGACCCGGCCGCGCUUGAACCUGAGCGACCUCGACCCGGGCUCGGCGAGCGAGACAAGCGAGCGCCUCAUGAAGAAGCCACGGCGAGGAAAGAAGAGAGGCCGCGCGAUGGCUGACGGGGCAGGACCGAGUACCCUGACCGAUACUACCAAGGAAGACGAACUCAUGAAGCUACGCGUUGUCGACCUAAAGAAGAAGCUCCAGACGCGUGGUCUUGUCUGCUACGGUCUCAAAGCUGUCCUAGUGCUGCGACUUGCCGAGGCCAUGCGGCAAGAUGAGAAGACGCUACGCGACGACGACGGUCCAGCUUCUAUCGAUGCAAACUGCUCUAUCCGUGCGAUCGACGACGACUGCACAGCGUCUCCUUGGGGAGAAGUCGGAUCGCCGGUCCCGACGGCCAAGUCGUCGAAGCCUGCUGUGCGCAACCCCGUGCGAUCCCUUGCCGACGCGUUCGACGACGAGGCGUCCCCCGACACGAGCACGCAACCGAGCGCCAUCUUGGACGUACCAUGCGCUUCAAGUCCACCGUCCAUGGCGAGCACGAUGGGCUCGAACGUCGAUGGCUUGUCCUCAUUGCCACACAUCGACCCGCCUUCCGAGGAGACUCGAGCACACGAGAUGGCAACCUUGCACGAAACACCUCCGCCUGUAUCAGCCUCUUGCAGCAACUCUAACGGAUUGUCUUCUCGUACGGGGCCCAACCUCUCCCCGAUCGUACCACAAAGUAGUCGUCCUGCAUCUCCGACGGUCCCUCUGCAUGCAGCUCUGGUUCAAGUCGCUCCGCCAGCGCUGGACAACACCACAACGACAACAGACGAAGCAGCGCUAGUAUCACUAGCGUCUGAACUUGCCAGCGACGAGUCCCAGGGCGUGCAUGGCGCUGCCGACGACGCGUCCACGGAUGCCAUUCCCAAGUCGAGCACGUCGCCCGCAGAUACGGCCCCCGUCGGUGGUAGCGGCGACAUGAUGUCCUCGGAUAGCAGCAGUCAAUCAUCAGACGAUGACGAGCAUAGCGCAUCCUUCUUGGCCAAGGGCUUUGCUACGAUCAAGUCGGCCAUGCAGCGCCACGUGCUGGGAAGUACUACGUCGACGCGCAAGACGCCGCCACCGACGUACAUUGAAAUGGAGCGACUCUCGAUGGCGCCACGACGAAGCUCUUUGCUGCCUCCCAUUUCGGUGAUGGACCUCUCGACCCCGCAGCUCUCAAGUCCUGUCACGUCGCCCUUUGACGCGUUCGGAAUACCUGAAGGGCGCCUCUCGUCCCCUGAGCUGCGCGACGUCAUUGAGCGCGAGUCCAAGCGGCUCCGUGAGACGGCGCGGGCGCUCGCCAAAGAGCGCGUCGCCAAGGAGCGCAGCCUGUCCAAGACGGUCAAACCACUCGCCCCCCAAGAGCCGCCACCAGUGGAGCUCGAUCAAGUGUCGGUCGCCAGCUCGAGUCGACAUUUGAACCCUACCCCGCGGACAUCGUCGGUCGCCGCGCCGCCGAGUGCGCUGAGCAAGCGGCCACCUAACCUCGUCUCUGGACUGGCGUCUUUUGGCGCGCGCAAGCGUACGUCCUCGAUCCUAGCGUCGCGCGCGAGCGGGUCGACUAUGAUUCCGUCGCUAUUGGAAGCCGAACGGUGUCGCUUGGCGGAUGAGAAGAAGAUGCUCGAGAAGGAACUUCGGCGCGAAGCUUUGCACCAAAAGUACGCUAUUCACCGCAAGCACGACGACAGCGUCCGCAAAAAGCCGCGCGACGAGACAGACAAGGCUCGUGACGAGGCAGUGGAGAAGAAGCAACGGGACCUGGACGCAGCACGGAAGCGGCGCUUGCAAUGCAUGCACGCGGCGCAAGAGGCCAAGAAGAUGCAAGAGCGGGAAGAGAGAGAAAAGGCCCGUGAGGCGACCGAGAAGAAGCAACGCGACCUCGAUGCCGCGCGCAAGCUGCGGCUACACGACUUUUAUGCGCAAGAAUCCAAAAAGGUCCAAGAACGAGGUCGCACCGUGAGCAAGGUUGUCGUUGCGGUGGAUCCCCUUGAGUACAUGGCGCUGACGUAG